GAGGCGCAUGCGCGCUGCGUGCAGUCGGCAGGAAGUGGAUGUGAACCCGGCGAGGGCAGAGCGGCUCCGGUUCCGCUGCCGCCGCCGCGCCUCCCCCGCACCGACCCCGCGUCCCCCGCCGCUGCCAUGUUUCUCACGCGCUCCGAGUACGACCGGGGCGUGAACACUUUCUCUCCGGAGGGGAGGCUGUUCCAAGUGGAGUAUGCCAUUGAGGCCAUUAAGCUUGGCUCUACGGCCAUCGGGAUCCAGACCUCGGAGGGCGUGUGCCUGGCUGUGGAGAAGAGGAUCACCUCCCCGCUCAUGGAGCCCAGCAGCAUUGAGAAGAUUGUAGAAAUAGAUUCUCAUAUAGGGUGUGCCAUGAGCGGCUUAAUAGCUGAUGCCAAGACUUUGAUUGAUAAAGCAAGAGUGGAGACUCAGAAUCACUGGUUCACCUACAACGAAACCAUGACCGUGGAGAGCGUGACGCAGGCGGUGUCCAACCUGGCGCUGCAGUUCGGGGAGGAGGAUGCAGACCCUGGUGCAAUGUCUCGUCCGUUCGGUGUCGCGCUGCUUUUCGGAGGAGUCGAUGAGAAGGGACCUCAGCUGUUUCACAUGGACCCCUCGGGGACGUUCGUUCAGUGCGAUGCCAGAGCCAUCGGCUCCGCCUCGGAAGGCGCGCAGAGCUCGCUGCAGGAGGUUUACCAUAAGUCCAUGACACUGAAAGAAGCAAUCAAAUCUUCCCUCGUCAUCCUGAAGCAAGUGAUGGAGGAGAAGCUGAAUGCAACCAACAUUGAGCUUGCCACCGUGGAGCCGGGGAUGAAGUUCCACAUGUACACGAAAGAAGAGCUGGAAGAGGUCAUCAAGGACAUCUGAAAGGGACAGGGGCUCCCUCGAUGGCUCAUCCCCCCCCCCGAUCAAAGCGAACUGACCCGCAGUUCCCUCCAGUACCGGUGAUUUUAUUUCCAGCCGCAUCCGUAAUCGCUCUUCUCAGAAGGCUCUUAAGGGUUUUUUUACAGUCUCUGUACAUAACGGAUCUCUACAAUAAGAGGAAACGACAAUAAAUCAUUUUGUUACUCUA